UUUUUGUUUCUGAGGAGAAUGGAUCGUUCUGUUUUGUAAGGACGUGCAGAGAAAUGGAAGCAAAUAAGGAAGAAGCCAAGUGUUUAGAAGCUCUGUAAACCUUUUCUUUUCUUCUUUGCUCUAAUACGACAACCCCAAUACGUGCAAACACACGUGUUUCUCUACCAAAACGACACUCCAAAACAUUCCUCUCGAUGUUAUUAGCGGCUUUUGUUGCUCUGUUUCUCAUAGGUUCGACCUCCUCAGUUCUGCUGGCACCGCCCAUUGCGGCGGAAGAUUUCAGACCCGCAGCAGCAGAGUUCCAGAAAUUGAGCGGCGUUGAAGCUCACGUGAAGAACAUCAAUAAACCCUCCGUCAAGACAAUUCAGAGCCCAGAUGGAGAUUUAAUCGAUUGUGUUCUUUCUCAUCUUCAACCUGCUUUUGAUCAUUAUAAACUUAAACAGCAACUGCCACUGGAUCCCCCAGAUAGGCCAAAAGGUUACAACUCCUCAGCCAAUUCACUUGCAGCGAGCUUCCAGCUAUGGCGGCAGAGUGGUGAAUCAUGCCCUGAAGGAACUAUUCCUAUUAGAAGAACUACAGAACAAGACAUUUUAAGAGCAAGCUCUGUCCAAAGAUUUGGGAAAAAGCCAUUAAAAUCUGUGAGAAGGAACUCAUCAGGCAGUGGCCAUGAGCAUGCUAUUGUGUUUGUUAAUGGAGAGCAAUACUAUGGAGCAAAAGCAAACAUAAAUGUCUGGGCACCCCAUGUGAGCGAUGAGUAUGAGUUCAGCUUGUCUCAAAUCUGGCUUAUUUCUGGGACAUUCAACAAUGAUCUGAACACCAUUGAAGCUGGUUGGCAGGUUAGCCCCGAGUUAUAUGGAGAUAAUUAUCCUAGAUUCUUCACUUACUGGACGACAGAUGCAUACCGAGAAACAGGCUGCUACAACUUACUGUGCUCUGGUUUUGUCCAAACUAAUAACAAGAUUGCCAUUGGAGCUGCAAUAUUUCCAAGAUCUUAUUACAAUGGCAGACAAUUUGAUAUGGGUUUAAUGAUUUGGAAGGAUCCGAGGCACGGAAAUUGGUGGCUGGAGUUUGGGCAGGGUGUGUUAGUAGGGUACUGGCCAGCAUAUUUGUUCAGUCACUUGGGAAGCCACGCCAGCAUGAUCCAAUUUGGAGGAGAAGUAGUAAACACAAGAUCAACAGGUUUCCACACAUCGACGCAGAUGGGAAGUGGGCAUUUUGCAGAAGAAGGAUAUGGAAAAGCUUCUUAUUUCAGAAAUCUGCAAAUAAUUGAUUGGGACAACAGUUUACUUCCUGCCUCGAACCUUCGUCUCUUGGCUGAUCAUCCAAAUUGCUAUGACAUUAGACAAGGAAAAAACAAGCUUUGGGGCACUUACUUUUACUAUGGAGGUCCUGGUAGAAAUGUACACUGUCCAUGACCACAUCAAAAUGGCAUACAAUAUAUAAGACAAAUCUUACCAUCA